AUGUCCGAGCCCGUCGUUGUUGAAGGCGUUCCAUUCAGCUUUUUUGUCUCCCUUGUUCGCGAAAUCUCAGAAAUAACUCCCAAAUCUGCUGCUAGACGGCCCAAGGAUCCCCUUAUCCACCCUGCCCGUGGAACAUUCCGCCGUUGGCUAGCUGCACUUCGACGACAGUUCAACCCACUCCCCCCGAAUACAGUCAGCAUACUCUUGAGACUUCUCUUUCCCGAGGAGGAUAAGAAACGGAAGUAUGAGCUACAAGAAACCAAAUUUAUCCCUCUCCUGGCGAACUGCUUUGGUUUCUCGAGCACAUCCCUCGAGAAAUGGAAUGCAGAGGGUAACUCUGGGUGCCUUGGCUGUGAGCUCCGACGCAUCCUGGAAGAAACGCAUGCCGAUCCAUCCGAGUCGAUAAGUUCUCUCAGCAUUGCACAAGUCGACGAGCUUCUAGAUGAACUCGCUGCGUCUUCGUCGUUCACCGAUAACUCUAUUCGCCGCAAGUACCUCAAGGCCUCUUGGCGCCCUCGAUCGGCCGUAAUUCGAUGUUUAUUUCGACCAUUGACUCCGUUAGAUGCAGCGUGUGCCGUCCAGAUCAUUCUCAAGGACAUGAGACCUCUGCUAUACCCACAAACUGAGAAACAUUAUACUGCGGCUUUGAAGAAUCUGAACUCUAGAUCAUAUACGACGCUCACCAAAGAGGAUGUCAUGUUUGAACUCGAUCCCCCUGGCUCGCUAUACCGAAUGUCCAAAGUUGUCGCACGUCUGGAUGAAGCCGUCGAAGCACACGAGCAAUCUCUCAAGCCUGGACAACCUAGAAUAGGGAUCGCUAUCCAGAUACCAAAAUCCUCCAAAGCUCAGUCUUGUGGACACGGUUUGAAGUUCCUUCAAGGUGCCAAGAAAGUAUACGCUGAGACGAAGUACGACGGAGAAAGGGCCCAGAUCCAUGUCGAAGUUCCUAGCGAUGGGACGAAGGCUCGCAUUACGAUUUUUAGCAAGAGUACACGAGACUCUUCUCUAGACCGUGUGGGUGUAUUUCCGAUUAUUCGGCAGGCUCUUGGUCUGGAAGAAGGUCAGACCCCACGGAUAUCACAAAACGUCAUCCUGGAUGCGGAGAUGGUAGCAUAUCAGAACGAUCAUAUCGACGAAUUCUGGCGCAUUCGGGGACUCGUUGAAACUACCGCGUAUGGCGUUCGUGGUUCACGUCGGAUAUCAGGGGCAGGGAAACCCUCCAACAUUGCGAACUCGCAAUGCUCAUUGGCAAGCUCAGUAAACGAGGGUUGCCAUCUUGCCCUAGUCUUCUUCGAUAUCCUUUAUCUUGAUUCACAGUCUACCUUGCACCGACCUUAUGAUGAACGUCGCGACCUACUAGAACGCACGGUACAACCUAUCCCUCACCACGCUCUCUUCUCCAAGCGCACGCUGCUUGAAUCCCGACGCGAAUCAUUGACAGCUCAUCUUUGUGAAGUCUUCGCAGACGCAAUAUCAAACCACGAAGAAGGGCUCGUGCUCAAGGCAAGCAAUUCACGCUACAACGAUACGUUAUUGCCUUGGGUGAAGGUGAAAAGGGAUUAUAUCCCAGGGCUCGGAGAUUGUCUGGAUAUGGUCAUUCUGGGUGCUGACUGGGAGAAGGAUCGCGGGAGGGGCCUUUAUGCCCCAACAGGUACACUCACUACAUUCUACGUAGGUAUCCUCGAGAACUCAUUUGAGAUUGAGUCGUCCCCCGGUACCAAACCUGCCUUUCACAUUUACUACACUUCGUCCUACGGUCUUGACCGUGAAACGCUGGAAGAAACCAAUUUCUUGAUCAAGAGUUCAGAUCCCGUUGAGUAUGACAAGAAACACCCACCGCAAGGGCUGCCUUAUGCAUAUACUCUAUAUCCAGGCAUCAAACCUCCAGGCAUCCUGUUUAGUACCCCUCUUCUGGGCGAACUGUACGGUGAUCGCUUCACAAAGGCUGCACAGAGCAAGUACUACGAACUUCGCUUCCCUCGCCUGAUCAAGAUAUAUCGCCCAAAGGAACGUUCGUGGCAAGGCGGCGUGACGCCUGAAGUACUGCUUUCCACAGCACGCGAAAUCCUUGGUGUCGAUGAUAAGGGCAAAGAUGUACGUGAUGUCUGUAAAGGUUUAUUUGGACAGCCGCCGUCUCCGGGUGUACGAAGCGGGAAGAAGAGGAUGAAACAGCAGGUGCACUGGGUCUCGAGGUUACGACACGUCGAUAAACUUCCGCCGCUGGAACUGAAAAGAUUAGUGAGGGACCACGACCGCGAAGCUGACCGAGGAAUAGAAAACCUCGCUUCGGAAGACGUGGACGACGACGAGGCGGAUUCACCUCUGGGAGAAGUGACCAACCGAUUAGUGCCCCCGUUCAUGUUGCCGCAACUCAGCUCUUCCUCUCGCUUGUCACCAAGAACUCCAGACAAGUCGACAGUCUCCCGUGAACUGGACGGAUCACCGCCUUUUAAACGCAGGAAGGUUUCUGUAAUGAGCAGCCCCGUUUUCUCUUCGCCUCCGCUCGUGCCUACAACUCCCUGCCAAACUCGCGCCGGAAUACCCACUCCCAUAACAUCACCCGUCUUCUCCAGUCCCAUCUCCUCUCACACCGCCAUUAAACCCACGUUAGAAGACUUCCUUCGACAUUCACUUAUUUGGGUCGCUCGCAACAAGCCCACAACAACGGCCUACCCAAAUAUCCCAUCUGACAACGAACUUCAUUCCCUAGAGUCCGUGUUCAUCGGCUGUGGCUGGUCAAAGGAUAUUCAGGGGACGUCCACUAGUUCUUGGGUAAGGCAAGGCGUGAUAUUCGUCGAGGACUCGACUUGGCACCGAUACGUUAUGGACGCCAUUUACCAGAGGAAGCAAUCGAUGACGAUGUCUCCAACCCGUGGCAAGGACAAGGUUGAUGGUAGUACAUCCAGAAGGAAACCGAUCUGGGUGUUCGAUUGUAAGGUAUUAGGCAUGGAGACUUGGGAUGCAGAAGAUGCUCUAUGUCGCUCAGAUUGA